GGGUAUCUUGCGACGAUGCUGCUGCUGGACGAAGGCAAGGAGCUGCACCUCAUGGUCACAAACAGCCUCAAACAGGACAUGAACAACCCAAACCCGAACAUUGCCGGGUUUGCGCUGUGCACGCUCGGGGCGAUUGCCUCUGCGGAGAUGGCCCGGGACCUGGCCGACGAGGUAGAGAAGCUGCUCAGGUCCUCCAGCCCCGCCCUCAAGAAGAAGGCAACGCUGUGUGCCGUGCGCCUCAUCCGCAAAGAGCCCGAACUUGUGGAGCAGUUUAUCCCCGCAACACGCUCGCUCUUGUCUGAGCGGAACCACGCGGUGCUGCUGACGGGAGUGAUGCUGCUGCGGGAGAUGGCGCAGCUCAACGCAGGCUGCCUCGAAUCGUUCAGGAGGAUGGUGCCUUCGCUCGUGCGGCUGCUCAAGACCCUCACCAGCAGCGGGUAUUCCCCCGAGUACGACGUCCACGGCAUCAACGACCCCUUUCUCCAGACGUCGAUUGUGCGGCUGCUGCAGAUUCUCGGGCACAACAACGACGAGGCGUCCGAGGCCAUGAACGACGUCCUGGCCGAGAUUGCGACGAACACGCAAACGACGACAAACGUGGGCAACGCCGUCCUGUACGAGGUCGUCAAGUGCAUCAUGAACAUCGAGGCAGAGGGUGGUCUGCGCGUGCUGGCGAUCAACAACCUGGGCAAGUUCCUGCUCAAGCCAGACAGGAACAUCAGGUAUGUUGCGCUGACGACGCUGCUGUCGACGGUUCAGGCCGGCGGGAACGCGAGCGAGGCCGUGCAGCGCCACAGAUCAACCAUUGUCGACUGCCUCAGGGAGCCCGAUGUGACUAUUCGUCGUCGCGCCCUCUCCCUCUGCUUCUCUCUCAUCAACAAGUCGAACGUGCGCGGUCUCGUGGGCGAGCUCCUCGACUUUCUCCACGUCGCAGACAGAGAGUUCAAGGCGUACAUGGUGACUGAGCUGCUGAUUGCGGCGGACAAGUACGCGCCGUCGCCCAAGUGGCAUGUCGACACCGUCCUCGAAAUCAUCACCACUGCUGGCGGGUACGUGCAGGAGCAAGGGCUUGCCGAGAUUAUCCAGAUUAUUGCCGAGCGGUCCGAGUUCAACCAGCGCGCCGUGCAGGUCCUCUUCAGGGCAAUCACAACCGCGAACACGGGUGCCCAGUCGCUGCUGCAGGCUGCGUCGUGGUGCAUCGGCGAGUUUGGCGACCUCCUUGUCAAUGGCGGCCCGUUGCCUGCAAGCACGCGCACGGUGACGUCAUCCGCGCGCGACGAUGCAGGCGAGGUGCCCGCGCCGACGGCUGGGGAAGUGAUUGAGGUUCUGCACCGGCUGAUCCAGGACCCAACCAACAGCGCUGGCACGCGCCAUUAUGCAAUCAACGCGCUGGUGAAACUCUCCACUCGUCUUCCCAACGAGGCAGAGCGCAUCAGAAACAUUAUUUCGCUGUACCGCCGCAGCAUUGACGAGGAGAUGCAGCAGCGGUCUGCGGAGUACACCACGCUCUUCGACACCUUCAACGCCAUCCGCCCCGCCGUGCUCGAGCGCAUGCCAGUGGCGCAGAGCAAGGCCCGCACCGUCGUCACCACCGACCUGGAGAACCACCAGCAGCAGCAGCAGCAAGGGGGCGCCAUCGCAGCCCCAGCACAGCAGCAGCAGGGCGGCGACCUCCUGGACCUGCUUGGCGACGAGCCAUCACAGCAGCAGCAGCAGCAGCAGCCAGCAGCGGGCGGUGGUGUUGAUUUGCUUGGUGACCUGGACUUUGGAGGUGCCCCAGCAACACAGCAACAGCAGCAGCAACAGCAGGCAAGCAGCAGCAGCAGCGGUGGUCUUGAUGAUCUUCUCGGUGGUCUUCUUGGCGGACCAACACAACAGCAGCAGCAGCAACAACAACAAGGAACAGGGAGCGGUGGCCUCGACGACCUGCUGGGAGGACUGCUCGGUGGUCCAUCACAGCCCGCCGCACAGCCACAGCAGCCACAACAGCCACCGCAGCCACAGGCCGGCGGCCUUGACUUCCUCAUGGACAUGGGGGCGCCCCAACAGCAACAGCAGUCAGCAGCAGUCUCGUUUGUUGCCUUUGAGGGCGAUGGCCUCAAGCUCACCUUCUUCCCUUCGCGCGGCGCCCAGCCAGGCACGUAUGAGAUCAAGAUGGUGGCCACCAACACAUCCGCCACGCAGCUGUCCCAGGUCAACAUCCAGGUUGCAGUGCCCAAGACGUGCCAGGUGCGGCUGAAUGCGCCAUCCAGCACUGCGCUGGAGCCGUUUGGCGCCGGUCCAGACAUUACGCAGCUCGCACACGUCACCGCCCCUCAGGGCGAGAAGCUGCGUGUUCUGCUGCGCGUGUCGUAUUCCGUUGGCGGCGGCCCAGUCACCGUCAAGCAGCAGGCAGUGUCCAACUUUCCCGAGAACAUGUGAUGUGGUGAUGCAAGAAUGGGUCCGCCAGCUGUUCUUUUGUUCCUUUUCGCUCUUGCAUGUGUGUGCGUAUGUGCGUAUGUGUAUGUGUGUGUUCACUGUGUUCGGAGCCAGAAGGCAAUACACAGCAUACACCCA